AUGUCUUUCACAAAGCUCAUCAAGUCGCCGGAUCUAAGCCAGACAGAUCGGUCACGAUCACACCUCCGAUAUGGCCACACAGAACAAGAAGGGUGGACGUUGCAGAAAUGUUUUAUCCCAAGGCCGGACGAGUCAGAUAAAGUUCGAGCCCGAGUCAUUGAAUUCUCCGGAUAUUCGCCGUGGUCUCCCCAGGAUUUUGUCCAGACGGGGUGGGCCAUUGAACGUGUUGGGUGGACCGAGCAAGUCCCACCAGCCGCGGGCCAACCGCAGGGCUGGAAUCCCGCAUCGGCCCCCGGGACGCGCCUGCCCUGGUCCAUUCGACCAGUCGCUCGGCAAUUGGGACUCUCCCUGGCGCCCAUCUAUAAGACUGUGUCGCUGUUUAAACUGGUCCAGGACGACGUCGAAAGUGAUUACAGUGACUAUAUCAUUCAGGUGGGGCCGGGAGUCAUUGUGUCGCAGUUGAGUUCACGUUUCCGUGGUCCCCACUGGUCCGAUGUCGCGUUGGCCGUCUACAAACAGUAUGAGCGUGUCCCACUGAAAUACGUUUUUCGCGUGGACAUCACCAACGAGACGGUCGAGCGAUUGGUCAGUGAGAAAAUCUACUCGCCCACGACGGGAUUACGAUGGCCGGACUCGAUUCGACGCGAGUGGCAAUUUGAUUCCAGCGAGUACAGGGCACUGUUAGGGACUCCUCUGGGUCGCGGAGUGGUCGCCUUGGUUUUGAGGGGGUAUGAUCGCGGUUCGAAGCUUGUUUCGAGCAUCUCCACCUUUUCGGAUGCGCAUCACGUCUCGAUGCAUAUGCUGUUUGUCAUUUCCGAUCGUGAUAAAUGA